CGUCAAUGGGGCGUUAGCACAGGGCAGUAAUACUGGGACAGGGGUGCUACAUUUUAACCCGAGGCUGCUUAUCUCCUUUCUCUUUGCGCAUCCGAGCUCUUGAAUACUGCUUUCCUCGUACUGGCAGCACGAAGGAUAGAACUAAUGGCUGACCAAGUGCUUGUGAUUGGCAGUGGAGCGAGGGAGCAUGCACUGGCCUGGAAGUUGGCCCAGUCCCCACGUGUAAAGCAUGUCUAUGUUGCUCCAGGAAAUGCAGGAACAGCUAACAAUGGAAAAAUUUCCAAUUCAGCUGUUUCAGUCAGCAAUCAUGCUGCAAUUGCCCAGUUCUGCAGGGAUCAGGAGAUCAGGCUGGUUGUGGUGGGUCCAGAGGUCCCUCUUGCUGCCGGAAUUGUUGAUGACUUGACAGCAGCUGGAGUAAGGUGUUUUGGUCCAACAGCAAAGGCAGCUCAGCUGGAGUCCAGUAAGAGCUUUUCCAAAGCGUUUUUGGAUCGUCAUGACAUCCCAACUGCAAGAUGGAAAUCUUUUACUGAUCCUAAAGCAGCAUGUAGCUUUAUUAACAGUGCAAACUUUCCUGCUUUAGUUGUAAAAGCUAGUGGCCUGGCAGCUGGCAAAGGAGUAAUUGUGGCUUCAAACAAGGAAGAAGCCUGCAAAGCUGUUACAGAAAUCAUGCAAGACAAGACUUUCGGCACAGCUGGGGAAACUGUUGUUGUUGAAGAACUUCUUGAAGGAGAGGAAGUUUCUUGCUUAUGUUUCACUGAUGGCAUCACAAUUGCUCCCAUGCCUCCAGCCCAGGACCACAAGAGAUUAAUGGAUGGAGAUGAAGGCCCUAACACUGGUGGGAUGGGAGCUUAUUCCCCAGCACCUCAGAUCUCUAAAGAUUUACUGCAGAAAAUAAGAGAUACUGUUCUUCAGAAAACUGUGGAUGGCAUGAGGAAAGAAGGUGUCCCCUAUUUCGGUGUACUUUAUGCUGGAUUAAUGCUUACAAAAGAUGGACCUAAAGUUCUUGAGUUUAACUGCAGAUUUGGUGACCCAGAAUGUCAGGUAAUUCUUCCCCUGUUGAAAAGUGAUUUGUAUGAAGUUAUGCAAGCAGUUGUCAAUAAAAAGCUGUCCAGUUCCAUGCCAGUUUGGUUUGAAGGCAGCGCAGCCGUGACAGUGGUCAUGGCUAGCGAAGGGUAUCCAGGAACAUACCCCAAGGGUUUGGAAAUAACAGGACUUUCUAGGGCUAAGCAACUAGGACUGGAAGUGUUCCAUGCAGGCACAGCCCUGAAGGAUGGCAAAGUGGUGACUAGUGGAGGAAGAGUCCUUACAGUAACUGCUAUUAAAGAGGAUCUAAUGACAGCACUGCAAGAAGCCAACAAGGGAGUAGCAGCCAUACAGUUCAAGGGUGCCAUUUAUAGAAAGGACAUUGGUUAUCGAGCUAUAGCUUUCCUGAGGCAAUCCAGAGGCCUGACUUACAAAAACAGUGGGGUAGACAUUGCAGCAGGGAAUACCUUAGUUCAGAAAAUUAAGCCCCUGGCUGCAGCCACAUCAAGGUCAGGCUGCAAUGCAGAGCUUGGAGGAUUUGCUGGCCUCUUUGAUUUGAAAGCAGCUGGUUACACAGAUCCUAUCUUGGUAUCUGGAACUGAUGGCGUUGGCACAAAACUCAAGAUUGCACAAGAGUGUAACAAACAUGCCACCAUAGGUCAGGACCUGGUUGCCAUGUGUGUUAAUGACAUCUUGGCCCAAGGAGCGGAACCCCUCUUCUUCCUUGACUAUUUUGCCUGUGGCAAACUUGACGUUGAAGUGGCUCAAGGUGUCAUUGCAGGAAUAGCUGAAGCUUGCAAAAAAGCAGGAUGUGCUCUUUUGGGAGGAGAAACGGCUGAAAUGCCAGGCAUGUAUCCACCUGGGGAGUACGACCUGGCUGGCUUUGCUGUUGGUGCGGUGGAGCGAGGGCAGAUGCUGCCCCAGCUGGAGAGAAUUACUGAUGGAGAUGUGGUUAUUGGAGUAGCUUCUUCUGGGGUUCAUAGCAAUGGGUACAGCCUUGUAAGGAAGAUCGUGGAAAAGUCAUCGCUGGAUUUCUCUUCUCCAGUUGGUACCUCCGGUGACCAGACAUUAGGAGAUCUUUUGUUAACCCCAACUAAAAUCUACAGCAAGACUCUGUUGCCUGUGCUUCGCUCCGGCCAUGUGAAAGCCUAUGCCCACAUCACUGGAGGGGGCUUGCUGGAGAACAUCCCCAGAGUUCUCCCGGAGUCCUUAGGUGUCAUUUUAGAUGCUCUUACCUGGAAGAUUCCUGAAAUCUUCUGCUGGCUUCAUAAAGAAGGGAACCUGUCUGAGGAUGAAAUGACACGGACCUUUAAUUGUGGGAUCGGUGCUGUCCUGGUAGUUCAGAAGGAGCUGGCUCAGCAGGUCCUUAAGGACAUACAGAGACACGAGACAGCCUGGCUGAUUGGCAAAGUUGUCUCCCUACAAAAAGGCUCUGACCAUGUUAAAGUCCAUAAUUUGCUUCAAGCCUUGCAAGCAAAUAGGUCACUAUCUGUGCACAGCCAUAUCCAAGGCAAAAUCCAAACAAACAAAGUGAAGGUUGCUGUCCUUAUCUCUGGAACAGGCACAAACCUGGAAGCCCUCAUAAACAGCACAAAGAAGCAAACCAGUUUUGCACAAAUAGUUCUUGUUGUUUCUAACAAAGCUGGUGUGGAAGGGUUAAGGAAAGCUGAAAGAGCUGGUAUUCCUACAAGGGUUAUUGACCAUACGCUGUAUGAAAGCCGCACUGCAUUUGACAGUGCAGUUGACAAAGUCCUUCAAGAAUUCUCAGUGGAACUGAUCUGCCUGGCUGGAUUUAUGAGAAUACUGUCAGGUCCUUUUGUCAAAAAAUGGGAAGGAAAAAUCCUGAAUAUCCACCCAUCUCUACUGCCUUCUUUCAAGGGAGCGAAUGCCCACAAGUUGGUGUUACAAGCUGGAGUCCGAGUCACAGGCUGUACUGUACACUUUGUAGCUGAGGAAGUUGAUGCUGGAGCAAUCAUUUUCCAAGAGGCAGUUCCAGUUAAGGUUGGUGACACAGUGGAGACCCUCUCUGAAAGGGUGAAGGAGGCUGAGCACCGAGCCUUCCCAGCUGCCCUGCAGCUUGUUGCCAGUGGGGCUGUACAGGUGGGGGAAGCUGGCAAGAUCUGCUGGAAGUAGGAGCAGUGUCUGUAAGCAUCCUCAGGUGGGACAGCUGGGGAGCCUUAACUGAGCAAAGCAGAGGU